UUAGUUUUCAACGUAACUUGUACAAGUUGGGAAUUAUCAAGCUCGAAAAAUGAUUCCUCGACUCAUCCAAAUCAUUUUCGCGUUUCUAUUUGUUAAAAGUUGUCAGGGAAAUGCGGUGUCACCCAAUGAAAUGAAUACAUUAGCUCAAAUUUCUGAACAUGUAACGUGUUCAGAAGAUGCCAGGUAUUUAGCGGAUCCUAUUGAUUGCCGAUAUUACAUUAAUUGCAUUGAAGGCAUACCGUAUCGUGUUAAAUGUGUUGAAUCACUAUAUUGGAAUCAAGAUUUUCAAAUGUGCGUGUUAUCAAGUAACCACUGUGGAUCAAUUAUAACGGGCGAUAAUAUAAUAUUAAAUAGCGAGCGAACCGCAUUUUCAACAAAACCCAAACAAAUAAGAGCUAAAUUUGCAGAACCUUUAUUAUACAAUGCAUUAAUACGAACGCUUAAUGAAUCAACUGAUUCUACUACUUUACCGGAUGAUAUUGAAAAGACAACCGAAGGAACGACUUUAUCUGUAGAAAUAACUACCACGACACCGGAGGAUGCUUCAUUGUCAACAGCGAACACUGAAUCAACUGUCACGUCUUCGCAAACAGAGGAGCCUAAAACGACUACUACGGAAGGAACAACUUCGUCAGAUGACGCAUCUACGUUUUCAACAUCAAGCAACGAGCCAUCCACAACCACCUCAGAAACAGAAGAACCUAUUACAACAACACAAAGAACAACUUUACCCGUUAAUACUAGCAUCUCCACGUCUGCAACUACAACCACACCGUCCCAACCACACGAAUUGAGUACGACUGCAACACCAGACAACACAACUGUAACAGAGGAAACUACGGAUGUCAUAACAACUACAACAACAGUUGUAACAACAACAGAAAAGGACAACUCAAUAUGUAGUGACGGUCUAAUAUAUCACCAAGACCCACACGAUUGCCGCUAUUUUAUAGUGUGUAGUAAUGGUAUACCCUACAGACUCAAAUGUCCUUCAUCGUUAUUUUGGAACCAAAACAUAUUGUCUUGCGACAGGAGUGAUAAGCACUGUAACUCUUCCGGAACGACGCCAACAACAACACCAACAGCAAUACCGACAACGGUAUCUACAACCGUUCCAACGACGACACCAACAACAGAUACGACAACGGCGCCAACAACAACACCAACAACAACACCAACAACAGUACAGACAACAGUAUCUACGACCGGUCCAACGACGAUACCAACAACAACACCAACAACAGUAACAACGACAUCACCAACAACAGUACAGACAACAGUAUCUACAACCGUUCCAACGACGAUACCAACAACAGUACCAACAACAACACCAACAACAGUACCAACAACAGUACAGACAACUGUUCCAACAACGGCGCCAACAACACCAACAACAGCACCAACAACACCAACGACGAUACCAACAACAUUACCAACAACGGUACCAACAACAACACCAACAACAGAACCGACAACUGUUCCAACAACAACACCAACAACUUUGCCGACAACAGGACCAAUAGACAAGCCAAACUCAAUAUGUAGUGAUGGUCUAAUAUACCACCAAGAUCCGUAUGAUUGCCACUAUUUUAUAAAGUGCGCCAACGGUAUACCAUAUAGAUUUAAAUGUCCUUCACCAUUAUUUUGGAACCAAAGCAUAUUAUCUUGCACCCGGAGUGGUGAACACUGCAAUUCUUCGAUAACGACGCCAAAAACACUGGCACCAACGACGAUGCCAACAAGCAGACCGGCGGAUUUCGACGUGAUACCACACGCGUGAAUGGUGACCGCGUUUUGAUAUGUGAAUAAUUACCUUUAUAAAAAUCUACUAAUUUAUUGUUUUUAAAACACUUUUCUCAAUCAGUACAAGACUUUGAAUAUUAUCUGUUUCGAUCGCUUCGCUACCCAAGUUCUUUAUUUUAAAUUGAUGUUUUUGCGGGAAUGAAGGAGUCAAUUUGAAACGUAAUAUGUGCUCAUAUAAAGAGUGCCAGUCACUGUUUAAUUCUUUUACUGCUUCAAGACAUCACUUUUGACACUCAACUUUUAAUCUAGCAUGUGCUAACAUAUAAUUGAACCUUUGGUAACGCUUAUUACGAACACGAUAGUUGCUCAAGUGGGAAAGUGGACAGCGGAAAUUUUUAAGUAAACUCAAUACCUAACGUCAGUCAAAAAGAUAUGUUUCAGAAGCGCUUUCCUGCUAGUUUUCAGUUAUUUCAAAAUAUAAUAACCGUAACAACAAGAGAAUGGCAAAAACAUCCAUUUUUAGCAACUGCGAGAUAUUCAGCAAGAGACGAUAAACGGAGGAGCUUACAUAAAUCGAUUAAAUAUCGUGUUACAAGCUGAUCGCAAAUAUGCAAGAGUGAGGAAUAUCCUAUAUUUCAAAAAUAGCAACAAAAAAAAAAAAAAAGAAAAAAUAAUACGUUGGUUAUUUUGAAUAGAUAGAUGUAAAGCCUUUACGACCUCGAUAUUUUGAAGUAACAUUACAACGACAAAAGUCGGUUUCAAAUGGAUUUUAACCGAAUUUAAUUUAUCCAAUGAAGCAAUUUACGAGAAAAAUUAAUUUUAUUAUUAUAAUAACGAUUGCAGUAAGUGAUGUUACAAACUGAUGAAUAAUAUGCGAUAAGAAACCCUGCAAAACUUCAUGAAGUUCAUGAAAUGCGACAUCUUAAAUAUUACCUUACAUUUCAACUGUUACUCUUCGAUGUUUAUUUUAUAUUCUUACUAUUUAUUUUAUAUGCAUUUCUGUUUAUUUACAUUUAUAACAUAAGUACGCUAAUAUUUAAACAAACUGUAGUCUGAGUAGAAUGAAAAGAGAUAUUAUCAGAUUGAAUAUUUAUUGAUUAGCAAUUAAUUGAUUAAUGUUCUAUCGGUCUCUUCCACAUAAUUACUGAGUUCAAGGCAAUUUAUCCCCUUAACAUGAUAUAAAAGGGCCUUUUGCAGCAAUUCGAAGCGUAGUCGUUUGUAAAAAAUUGUAUUAAAUUUACUUAAAAGAAGCAAAUAUAUUUCAAAAACAA